CUUUCGGGGCCGUUACGACAGGGCUUUCAUGAUUUCUUGAUAGCAGUUCAUUUACGAACACACGUUGAUGCACGGCAAUCAGCAGCUCGCGAAUACGUUAUUCCGCUAAAGCAGAAUCUUGAAAUCAGGAAUGUGUUUUAUCCAGAAAAUGAGGAUCGUUUCCCGCAAAUUCUUGGACCAACAAUUUCUGUGCGACCUGUAAUGGCGUGCAGCGGUGUACGUUCCGAAUUUGGGAAAGACGCGGAUUUGAAGCUCCUACCACCAGCGUUUAAUUUUGCGGCACUGAAAGCUCACGUAAUGGCAGCGCUAUGCAGCGCAACUGAACAUGCCGUGAUGAAUUGUCGUGAUUUGAUCGGUGGCAAUUCCUUGAAUCAUUUCGAGCAAUUUCUGGAAUUUGAGGAAACAGUACCACUUUUCAAACUGUUCAAUUCGUUGCUGGUAAUAGGCUUAUUUGACGAUGAUGAUUUGAAAGAUGUACUGACGCUGAUACAUCCCAGUGCUUUUGAUGAAAACUACAUACCUGUUCUCGCUAAUAGAUAUGGGCCAGAAGAGAUCGAACCACUCGUCUUCAUGAAGAACAAGCGUGCGGCCUGUUACAGUACUGAUAUGGAGCGCUAA